AUGGACAAGUAUGUCAUCAAAAAGCCUAGAUUGUCUACUGAUGCUCCCGAAAGCGCCAGCUCGCAAGAUCCACACACCGUCAGUGUUUCACCACUCGAUAGUGACGUUAACACCCAGUUUGCUGCUGGUAAGUCCACUGGUGCCAGUUCAGCAGAUGUUGCAGGAGACGGGCCAUCCCCGCCAUCUGGAAAACUUACCAUUGGAGGAAGUCAUGAGAAGAACGAGCCAUCAUCCAGCAAAGGCAGCGGCGGGCGGGGCUACCUUAAGAGUUGGGAAUCCACCUACGGAUGGCUUUCCUACAACGCUGAAAUUGGUAAGGUGUACUGUGCCAUUUGCGUCACUGCCAGGGACAAAAAAAUCCCGCUUCCAUGCACAUCGCGAGACAAAGACUCAUACGUUGCAUUCGUUGAACGAGGUUUCGAGAAUUGGAAGAAAGCUCUUCAACGAUUCCGGAGUCAUGAGAAGUCAGAGCUUCAUCGUGAAGCUUCCACGGCGCUGAGAACUGCAAGCACAGGAGCUAACGUAGCGACUGCGCUCUCUGAAUCGAAGCUCAGCCAAAUGAAGCAAAGUCGUCAAGCUCUGUUGGCAGCUCUGCCGUCUGUUUGCUUUCUGGCAUGUCAAGGGCUCUCACUUCGCGGUCACGAUGAGGACGAAGGUAACUUGAGGCAGCUUCUUAUGUUGCGGGAAGCGGAUGUGCCAGGUCUCGGUCCAUGGCUCAACAAAAGUAGGUGUAAGUGGAUUUCGCCGGACUUGCAAAAUGAGAUGCUUGAACUCAUUACCCACAGCAUGCUCCGUUCCCUAAUCAGAGAAGUGCAGGACGCGUUGUUUUACGCGGUGAUGGCUGACGAGACCUCUGAUAUUAGCACGCAGGAGCAGAUAUCCUUUUGCUUCAGGUACGUCAAAGAGGGUCUUGAAGUGGAAGAUGUCUUUAUUGGAUUUUACGUGACGACCGAUACGAGAGCAAGCACCCUCUUCUCAAUUCUGAAAGACGUGUUGUGCCGACUGAAUCUUCAAAUUGAGAACUGCCGCGGACAAUGCUACGACGGGGCUGCAAAUGUGUCCGGCAAAAGCGGUGGACUUCAAGCCCUAGUUCAGGAUAUUGAACCAAGAGCGAUGUAUGUACACUGCCUUGCGCACACUCUCAACCUAGUCUUGCAAGACUUGUGUAAGCAAAUUGAUGUGCGUCGAGACUUUGUCAGCUUGUUCGCCGGCUUGGUAAAUUUUGUGAAAACAUCUCCAAAGCGCCUCAGCUGGUUCGAACAGUUCCAGAAGGAGGGGACACCGGCCCUCAAACAAUUCUGUAAAACCCGGUGGACGCUAAAGGCAUCCUCACUGCGGUCAGUGUCAAGUAACUACUCUGAGUUGGUGCAGUUCCUUUUCGCUCUGUCAUCGGAUGAAAAGAAUGACACAGGAGCAAAAGCCAGUGGCUAUGCAAAAGCGCUCGGAAAAAUUGAUUCAUGUUUCAUGCUCAGGCUGAUGAUCCUGGUGUUUGAGAGAUUGGAGAGCGCAAAUUCUGCUCUGCAGAAGAAGAGCUUGCAGUUUGGGCAUGCAGAGCAAAUAGUGAAGGCCGUUAAAGAAUGUGUUGCUGAACUCCGCGACAAAUUCCCUGGCUUUGGGAGCACGGUGAAAGCCACGGCUGAGGAGCUCAAAACUGGGAGCCCCAGCCUUCCGAUAAGGCAGCGACAAGCACCACGUCGUUACGACAAAUGA